GAAGCCUUCAAAAAGACUUGUUCUCUGUACCGUUAAAAACAAAGUCACGUCUUACAUACAAAAAAGAAAAAAAAAAUCUUUUUUUUUUUUUCUUCUUUUGAAUGAAGAGGUUGUUUCGUUUUAAACCAUUAAUAAAUAAUAAUAAUAAACGAACCAUGACUACCCUCAACCCCGACGUCGAAAUGGCUUCUCCAGACAUUGAUAUUACACAAUAUAAUACUGUGACAGAAGGAACAGCCACCAUUCUUUUCCCUAAGAAAAACGAAGUCUUUUAUAAUCCUGUCCAACAGUUCAAUCGUGACAUGUCUAUUGCUGCUAUUCGUACUUGGAGCGAGAUAUUCAACAAGGAGAAGGCCGAGCGUAUGGAGAAGAAGCUCGCCAAAGCUAAAGACGAAAAGUCAAAGACAGCUAUUCAGAAUGCAUUGGAUAAACACAACACGUCAGAUAACUUUACGAUUCUCGAAGCCCUUUCAGCCAGUGGACUUCGUUCUGUUCGUUACGCCAAAGAAAUUCCUCAAUUAAAGCAAGUUGUCUGCAACGAUAUCGAAACAGAUGCCAUUGAAUCUAUCAGACGCAAUGUCAAAUACAAUGGAUUAUCCGAAGAGAAAGUCAAGCCCAAUUUGGGUGAUGCCAUGCGUGUCAUGUAUGAUACUGUGGGUACCGAUUUGAAAUACGAUGUUGUUGAUUUAGAUCCUUAUGGUAGUGCAGCUCCUUUUGUUGAUGGUGCUGUGCAAGCUGUAUCCGAAGGUGGAUUAUUAUGUGUUACCUGUACUGAUCUUGCUAUUCUUGCUGGUUCCAUGCAUCCUGAAACUUGUUUUGGUAAAUACGGUGGUAUGCCUCUCAAGGGUAUGUUCCCUCAUGAAAUGGCACUUCGUUUAGUAUUACAAAUGUUACAAACUUCGGCUGGUCGUUAUAAGCGUCAUAUUGUUCCUCUUGUUUCUUGUAGCAUUGAUUUCUAUUUACGUGUAUUUGUACGUGUUUAUACCUCUCCACAACAGGUCAAAAAAUCAGCUAGUAAGAUGGCUAUUGUGUAUGAAUGUUCUGGAUGUCAUGCUUUCUCUGUGCAACAUCUCGGAAAAAUGUCCAUCAAGGACAAUGGUGCUGAAAGACAUACACCCGGUACAGGUCCCUCUGUCAACACAUUAUGUGACAACUGUAACAACAUUCACCACAUUGGUGGCCCUGCAUGGGGUGAUAAUAUCCAUAACGACGAGUUUGUAGCCAAGAUGCUCCAACACGUCAAGGACAAUGAAGCAAACUAUGGCACAGCACAACGUAUGAAGGGUAUGCUGUCAGUGAUUAAGGAAGAAAUCCAUACACCCUUUUAUUGGACAUUGGCCCGUUUAUGCGGUACGAUUCACUGUAAUAGUAUUCCUGUAGUGGAUCUUUUCUCGGCCAUUUUGAACGCAGGCUACAAAGUAUCCAACUCACAUUGUGGUAAGCAAUCGGUCAAGACAGACGCACCCUCACAUGUGAUGUGGGAUAUCAUGCGUGCUUGGGUAAAGAAGAAUCCUGUUGUGAUGAACAAUAUUGCAGAGAAUUCUCCUGCACGAGCCAUUUUGGCUAAAGAACCCACGAUUGAGGUUGAUUUCACAAGGCAUCCCGAUGCCACUUCCCAAUCUAAGGCAGAACAUUUGGUACGUUAUCAAGUUAACCCUACUGCCAAUUGGGGUCCUAAAGCAAGAGCUGGUCAAAAGAGAAAGACCGAUGAACAAGUUUUUUAAAUCUCAGUUGUAUUAAUAAAAUAAAAAAAAAAAAAAGUCGUU